AUGUCUUGGACACCUGCAGAUGUCAAGCUGGAGCUACAGGCCAUGUCAAAGCUUUUGCACUCCAGACCUGGAGUUCAUGAGCUUGAGGAAAAGCUCUGCAAGUCUAUCAAGACCAAGAUUGAGCAGAUGACCUUUCUCAGCAAUGCUGAUUUGGUCCUUUGCUAUGACAGCCUCAAGGAGGCCACACUUCCAGAAAAGAUGAAUGGUGAGAUCUUGGCCUGUUUAGAUUCAUUGGCUGUGUCCAGGGUCGACAAGAUGGGCACUGCAAAGCUUGCCUCUGCUGGCCAGGAGUGCAAAGCCUUUGAAAAGUACUUGACUCAAAGCGACCUUGACCAAUUGGCUACAUGUUCUAUGUGGGAAGGAUGCCAAGUGAUAGCCAGGAGAUUAAGGUUACUGGGGAUCACUGGUAUGAAGGAAAGCUUGAAAAAGACUUGCCUGGGAGUCUUGGUGUGGCAUGAGCAGAAAAGAACUAAAAAGCUUCCAUGCCCUGACUCUGUGUAUGCUUUGGGCCACCACUUGGUUCAGGUCUUGCACACCAUAGCAGUGGAAGUCCCAGUGAAAGCAUUGAGCUUGGCAAAGUACCCAGAUGAUCCUGUUCACUUGGAUGCUGCCCACUUGAGUGCUUCUUCUUACCCUGAAGGAGGGCCUGCCAACAAAGACUUCCCACAGUUGGCAUUGAUCAUCCAGAAGCACAUCAAGGAGAGUGUGUCCAAGCAAGCCCCUGCAGCACAGAGUGAGCAACCAAGUGCUGGGUCCAACAGUUUGGUGGACAAAUCUCUUUUGCUCAUGCUCAGCCGCUUUACAGACGCAGCAUGUGGAAUCCUGGGAUCCCAGAACAAGAGCAGGGAGCCACACAUUGAGAUCCUCCAGCCUGGCAAGCAAGCUGAUCAGCCCUCAAGGACAAACAGCUCUCAGUCUCUUGUGGGUGGCAAGUUGCCUUUGGCAAAUGACAUUGCCAUGAAUGAAAAUGGCAAUGGCAUGAAGGACACCUGCCAAGCCAAGAGUGGUACUGAUGAUGUUGAACCACAAGAUGACAACUCUUGA